GUCGCGGAAGAGCCUCGCUCAGGCGCAGGUUACUAAGUAACGUGCUGUGCCCCCCCCCCGGCAGAGCAGCGGCGGCCAACAUGGCGGACGUUAGGACUGGCGUGUGAGGGGCCCGUGCAGCGCGGGCCCCUCCCCUCCUCUCCCGCCCGCGGCGCGGCCUGGCCCGGUCCCCGAGGCGCGAGCGCCGGAGCAGCCGCGCAGAAGUAUUUAUUGUUGAUUACACAUCAUGGCAACAGGAGGUGGUCCCUUUGAAGAAGGCAUGAAUGAUCAGGACUUGCCUAGCUGGAGCAAUGAGAGCCUUGAUGACCGGCUGAACAAUACGGACUGGGGAAGUCAACAGAAGAAAGCAAAUAGGUCUUCAGAGAAAAACAAGAAAAAAAUUGGUGGGGAAGGUGAAACAAGACUUACUAAUGACAUAUCUCCAGAGUCCUCACCAGGAAUGGGACGGCGAAAGACAAGGACUCCUCAUAGUUUUCCUCACACCAGAUAUAUGACCCAGAUGUCUGUCCCAGAGCAGGCUGAAUUAGAAAAGCUUAAACAAAGAAUAAACUUCAGUGAUUUGGAUCAAAGGAGCAUUGGAAGUGAUUCUCAAGGCAGAGCAACAGCUGCUAACAACAAACGCCAACUUAAUGAAAACAGAAAGCCAUUCAAUUUCCUAUCACUGCAGAUUAACACUAAUAAAGGCAAAGAUGCUGCUGCAGAUUCACCAAAAAAAGAAAUUGGAUCAUCUCAAUGUAAAGAGUCAUUUGCAUCUUCUCUGAGUAAAGACAUCUUGCAAAAUUGUCAGAUUGCUGCUCAAGAAGAUGGAAGAGGAGAACCUGCUAUGGAUAGUAGCCAGAUUGUGAGCAGACUGGUUCAAAUUCGUGAUUAUAUUGCCAAGGCCAGCUCCAUGCGUGAUGAUCUUGUAGAGAAAAAUGAAAGAUCUGCUAAUGUUGAACGCUUAUCACAUCUCAUAGAUCAUCUUAAAGACCAGGAGAAAUCUUACCUGAAAUUUUUGCAAAAGAUGCUUGCUAGAGAAAAUGAGGAGGAGGAUGUUCGGACUAUAGAUUCAGCUGUGGGAUCUGGUUCUGUAGCUGAGAGCACAUCGCUAAACAUAGAUGUGCAGUCUGAAGCUUCAGAUACCACGGAGAUAUCUUUUAGUCUGGGAAUUCGGCCCUGCAUUGAGGAGAAACUAGGGAUUUCAGCUUCACAAGGACAGGUUUCAGACAUUGACGGUACAGCAAGUCCAAAAAGGAAAGGUGACAGAGCUGCUGUGAAUGGCAGGGAAAUCUGGCCUAUUAGGAUUAAAAACCAAGAAUGUGGAUUACUAUCAAAGGCCAGAGACCCCCAGCAAGAAGCAAAAGAGGAGCUAGAGAAUUUGAAGAAGCAACAUGAUCUAUUAAAAAGGAUGUUACAACAACAGGAACAGCUGAAAGCUCUUCAGGGAAGGCAAGCUGCUCUUCUUGCUCUGCAACAGAAGGCAGAACAAGCAAUUGCUGUCAUGGAUGAUUCUGUUGUAACAGAGACGACAGGCAGCAUUUCGGGAGUAAGUUUGACAUCUGAACUAAAUGAAGAACUAAAUGAUUUGAUCCAACGUUUUCACAAUCAGCUUCAUGAUUCUCAGACUCAACCUGUGCCAGAUAAUAGAAGGCAAGCAGAAAGUCUUUCACUUACUAGGGAAGUUUCCCAGAGCAGGAAUUCUUCAAUAUCGGAUCACUUGUCUGAUGAGAAGGCACAACUUUUUAACAAGAGGAGGAUGCUGCAGGGUAAAAAGCAAAAAAUGGACAAAUUAUUAGGAGCACUUCACACACUUCGUGACCAGCAUCUGAACAACUCAUCCUUUUUUCCUGCUUCUGGCUCUCCUCAAAGGAGUAUUGAUCAAAGAAGUACAACUUCAGCUGCUUCUGCUCCUGUGGGUGUAGUAACUGUUGUCAAUGGAGAUUCCAACAGCCUUGCAUCAUCUGCUCCAUAUCCUCCUGACUCCAUAGCGUCUCAAAAUGAGAGUGAAGAAGAUGAGAAUCUGAACCCAACAGAAAAACUUCAGAAACUGAAUGAAGUUCGCAAGAGACUGAAUGAAUUGCGUGAAUUAGUUCACUACUAUGAACAGACAUCUGAUAUGAUGACAGAUGCUGUGAAUGAAAAUACUAAGGAGGAGGAGGAAACAGAGGAAUCAGAAUGCGAUUCUGACCAUGAAAAUCCACAACCGAUUACUAAUAUUAGGAACCCUCAGGGAAUUGGUAGCUGGGGUGAAAUAAACAGCAAUUCCAAUAUACAAUGUGGAACUAAUAAUAGAGAUGGAAGACACUUGAAUAUUGACUGUGAAAUAAAUAAUCGGUCUGCUGCUAAUAUAAGGACUCUAAACAUGGCUUCAGCUUUAGACUGCCAUAAUAGGGAAGAUGGCAAAGGUAUUGAUGUUCCACAAGGUGAAGAUGAUGAAGCUGAAGAGGAUGCAGCCAGUGAAGCUUCUUUAUCUAGCCAUAGAAGCAGCCUAGUGGAUGAUGCUGCUGGAGAUGCUGAAUUUGAACAGAAGAUCAAUAGACUUAUAGCUGCGAAGCAGAAACUUAGACAGUUGCAAACUCUUGUUGCUAUGGUUCAGGAUGAUGACACUGAACCAGAAACAGCUACUGCUGCUGUGUCUAACAUGGGUGACUUCUUCUUGGGUGAUGUUGAGGAGGCAAAGCAUCAACCAAACAACAUCCGAGCUAGCACCAAUAAGGAUGUAGGACUCAAUGAAAAAGCAAGAGAGAAAUUCUAUGAGGCUAAACUUCAGCAGCAGCAGCGAGAACUUAAACAACUACAAGAAGAAAGGAGGAAGCUGAUUGAGAUUCAAGAGGAAAUUCAAGUUUUGCAGAAGGCUUGUCCUGAUCUUCAAUUGUCAGCUAGUAUGGGAAGUUGCCCAGCCAAUAGACAGACUUCCCCUGCUACUUCAACACCAGCCAUUAAUGAAAAUAGUGCAGCUGGCAAGCCUGUACUUCAACAUGAGGACUCCAUACCAGUGGGCAAUGAGUUGUGGUCUGAGAUGCUUAGACAUGAGAUUUCAAGAGAAGAGCUAAGACAGAGAAGAAAGCAACUUGAAGCUUUAAUGGCUGAACAUCAGAGGAGGAGAGAUCUGACAGAAACCACAUCUACUGUUGCUGCAUCUUUUAGAAGUGAUAGAUCAGAAGCUCAAUGUACUCCUCAACAAAGUAGGACAGAAAAAACAAUGGCUACAUGGGGAGGCUCUACACAGUGUGCUCUAGAUGAAGAGGAUGGAGAUGAAGAUGGCUAUCUUUCUGAUGGACUCGCUCAGGCAGAGGAAGAGGAGGAAGAGGAUGAACAAGAGUCUAUUUCUAAUGGAAACUUCUCUAUGUAUCCCCAUAACAACAUUAAUCCAGGUCCAUAUUGUGUUAAGGAAAAUAAAGAGAGAUGGAAGAAUCGCCGCCCUCUUUCAGCAGAUGGGAAUUAUCGUCCGUUAGCUAAAGCAAGGCAACAGCAGAAUAUUAGCAUGCGGCGGCAAGAAAACCUCCGGUGGAUGUCUGAACUCUCUUAUGUGGAGGAAAAAGAACAAUGGCAAGAGCAGAUUAACCAGUUGAAGAAACAGCUUGAAUUUAGCAUCAAUAUUUGCCAGACCUUGAUGCAGGAUCAGCAAACCCUCUCUUGUCUGCUGCAAACUCUGCUUACAAGCCCUUACAGUGUAAUGCCUAGUAAUGUUGCAUCUCCACAAGUACACCUUAUAAUGCACCAGUUAAACCAAUGCUAUACUCAGCUGACCUGGCAACAGAAUAAUGUUCAGAGGUUGAAGCAAAUGCUAAAUGAUCUUAUGCGCCAACAAGAACAGCAGCAGCAGAAGCCACAAAAGGAAAGAGGAAGCAGUGCACCACCACCUCCAUCACCUACUAUAUUUUGUCCUUUCAGUUUUCCUCCACAACCUAUGAAUCUGUUUAAUAUACCAGGAUUUACUAAUUUUUCUUCUUUUACACCAGGUAUUCAUAUCAACCCUGCUUUUCCUUCUGGUUUUGGAGAUUUUCCACAGAAUGUUACCUCACUCGGUCAACAGCAGCAACCAUUAGAUCAUAAUGCUUCUGGAAAAACUGAAUACAUGGCAUUUCCAAAGCCCUUUGAAAGCAGUUCUUCUAUUGGAGCUGAGAAACAAAGGUGCCCGAGACAACCAGAAGAGGAACUGGAAAAUGGAUCCAAUUGGCCUAAUGACAGCCAGGAAGGAAGAAAAGAAAAACAGUCAUUUGUGAAGACAGGGUAUUCGUUAAAAAAUAUGGCCUCUGGUAAUCACAAAAAUCGGUCAGAUACCAGCAGGAGGAGAAGAGAAUGUGAUGAAGAAUCUUUGGAGAGCUUUAGUAGCAUGCCUGAUCCAGUAGAUCCAACUACUGUGACUAAAACAUUUAAAUCCAGAAAAGCAUCAGCACAGGCCUGCUUGGCAUCUAAAGAUAAAACACCUCAAUCAAAGAAUAAGAGGAGGAGUUCUACACAGCUGAGAAGCCAGGCUAAAAAUACUGAAGGCUAUGAAAGUGCCAGUGCCUCUAGUACCUGUGAACCCUUCAAGAAUAAUAAGAAUAAGCACUCCACACAGAAUGAAGAGGUUGUUCAAGGAAAAGUGUUCAGCAAAAAGAAUCAGGAACAGCUGGAAAAAAUAAUUAAGUACAGUAGAUCUACAGAAAUGUCCUCAGCACAUGCUAGGAGAAUACUGCAGCAGUCUAACAGAAAUGCAUGCAAUGAAGCCCCAGAAACUGGUAGUGAUCUUUCUAUGUUUGAAGCUUUGCGGGACACCAUUUAUUCUGAAGUAGCAACUCUUAUAUCUCAAAAUGAAUCUCGUCCACAUUUUCUUAUUGAACUUUUCCAUGAGCUUCAACUCCUAAAUACAGAUUACUUGAGGCAAAGAGCAUUGUAUGCAUUACAGGAUAUAGUUACUAGACACAUAUCGGAGAAGAAUGAAAAAGGAGAGUGCAUUAAGUCACUGAAUUCAGCAACAUGGAUUGCAUCAAACUCUGAACUUACUCCUAGCGAAAGCCUUGCUACUACUGACGAUGAAACUUUCGAGAAAAACUUUAAUACAGAAGCAUGUAGAGACUGUGAACAAAAUGAUGCAGACAAUGGCAGUACCAUGUCUACAUCUUCAAAUUUUGAACCCUUUGCCACUGAUGAUCUUGGCAACACUGUAAUUCACCUAGAUCAGGCAUUGGCUAGGAUGAGGGAAUAUGAGCGUAUGAAAAAUGAUGCUGAUAGUAUGCUUGACCCGGAGGGCUGCUCUGGUAAUCUUCAGGGUGCCUCUGCUGCUAAAUUAGAAGGUCCAAGUACUGGUGAGAGUCUUUGUGUACCGCAGCCUAGCGAGGUUUCUACUGUUCCAUGUCCUCGUAUAGAUACGCAGCAACUUGACCGACAGAUUAAAGCAAUUAUGAAAGAGGUCAUUCCUUUUCUGAAGGAACACAUGGACGAAGUAUGCUCAUCUCAGCUAUUGACAUCAGUAAGACGUAUGGUCUUGACACUUACGCAGCAAAACGAUGAAAGCAAAGAAUUUGUGAAAUUCUUUCAUAAGCAACUUGGUAGCAUACUGCAGGAUUCACUAGCAAAAUUUGCUGGUAGAAAACUCAAAGAUUGUGGAGAAGAUCUGCUUGUGGAGAUCUCAGAAGUUUUGUUUAAUGAAUUAGCCUUCUUUAAACUCAUGCAAGACUUGGACAACAAUAGUAUUACUGUGAAACAAAGAUGCAAAAGAAAAAUAGAAGCAGCUGGAGUGAUGCAGUCUUAUGCUAAAGAGGUAAAGAGGGGUCUUGAAGUAGACGCUUGCUCAUCUGUGGAAGAUGUUGAUGAAGACAAAGACAAGGAUGAGACUGAAACAGUCAAGCAAGUGCAAGAGUCAGAAACAUAUAAUGGUAGUGAAAUUCCUCAAAGUAUGAAAUCUGAUGCCUCUGAUCAGGAGGAAGAUGAAGAAAGUGAAGGUUGCCCGGUAUCAAUAAGCUUGUCUAAAGCAGAAACCCAAGCUCUAACUAAUUAUGGAAGUGGGGAAGAUGAGAAUGAAGAUGAAGAAAUAGAAGAAUUUGAAGAGGGACCUGUGGAUGUCCAGACUUCACUACAGGCCAGCAGUGAAACUAUGACUGAAAACAAACAGAUUCCUAAAUGUGAAUCUGAUGAGACUCAGGACCAUGAGAUGUUGUCAUCUGAGCAGGAAUCUGUUAGUGCUAAAGACGAACAAGACGUGUCUGCUGUUUUGCCUCACUCUCUCAAUGCCUUGGAGAAUAAACAACAGUUAACAGUCAGUGCUCCAGAAACCCUUACUACUACAGAUAUGACAACAGAGGAGCCAACCCCUUCAUUACCAGUAAAUGAAAUUCAGACAUCAGAAAUAGUGUGUAUAGAAGCCAAAUCCUCUACAGGGAGUCCUGGAAGUUCCAUGGCUGGCAGCCCUGAUACAGAGUCUCCCGUGUUAGUGAAUGAAUAUGAAGGUGGUUCUGGAAAUGUAAGUCAAAAGUCUGAUGAGGAUGACUUUGUGAAGGUGGAAGACUUGCCUCUUAAACUUACAAUGUAUUCAGAGGCAGAUCUAAUGAAGAAAAUGGCAGCAGAAGCCCAGACAAAUAAUUUGUCUGAUGAAAUACUGAGUGGUGAUGGAGCUCAAGGAGAAGAGUUAGUAGGAGAUUCUGAAAUCCUAAAAGAACCUGAAACUGUUGGAGCUCCAAAUGCAUGAAAAAAUAAGCUCAAGAUUCCCCUCCACAUACACAAAUCCAUAUAGAAUAUUGGCAUUAAACUCACUGAAUGUGUAUAAAAUGUAAAUUAGUUUUUGAUGCACAGCCUUUUAGACUAGGUGUGCUAACUUCUGCCCAUGGCAGGUUAACCAGCUGAAACUGAAUCCUUCUUUAUUCAGUCUUGCUGCACUGUUCCUUUUUCUGUCUUAAUCUUUUUUAUUUUUUCAUUGUGAUUUGUUUAGUAAUUUUGAAAUUGUUUAAAACUGUAGUUUUAAAUAAAGUUUUUGGACUUGUCUGUAAACCCUGUUGUUUGAACCAGAAUGUUGCAGCUUGAAGCAACCCUGACCCUGCUGUUUGACAUUCGAGUCACCUGAACAAAGAAAUGCUUUUUAUUCAAGAAA